AUGAUAAAAAAUCAAUAUCUAGGAGAUCUUAAUAAGAAGCAACUAAUUCUAGAAAAUUUAGAUCAUUUGAUUGAUGAUCAGGAUCUAUGGGAAAACCAAAGAGCCCUUCGUUAUUGCCAUCUCAGGAAAACUUUUUAAUUGCUAACCAAAUAAAUUGACAAAAAUCCAACAGUUCGAAAGGUUUUUGGUAAAUUCUUAAAAAGGUCAUAAAUAUUUGCAAGAAUGAAACCUGAACAAAAGUCUUAAUUGAAUACAGAUCUACAAAAAAUUAGUAGAAUAGCAUUAUGCGGAAUGUGUGGAGAUGGAGCCAAUGAUUGUGGAGCUUUAAAACUGUAGAUGUUGGCAUAUCUCUAUCUGAAGUUGAAGCCUCUAUUGCUGCUCCAUUCACAUCGAAAAUUUAAGACAUUUCUUGACUUGUUAAAUUAUUGA